UGCUACCUACCUUGGUAAAGACAGUGUCACCUUCAGGCUCGUGUGGUAAGGAGUAUGGCUGUCGUCACCGAGAAGUACCAGUUUACCCCUCCUGAUAACUUGGGAACCAAGUUCUUGGAGGAUGAGGUGGAGAGGUUCGUGGUGGACUGCAUGAUGGUCUUGGGUGUCCCCCGGAGUAAUGCCACCAGCCUUGCCCAGGUCCUGGUGGCUGCUGAUGUACGAGGUCACUACAGCCAUGGUCUCUACAGAGUAGAUAUGUAUGUAAAUGACCUUCGGAAAAAUCUCUGUGACGGAGGUGCGGCACCCACAAUAGUGAAGGAGAGUGUUUCCACUGCUUUUGUCGAUGGCAACAAUGGACUUGGGCCGGUUGUGGGGAACUUCUGCAUGGACCUGGCCAUCAAGAAAGCUAAAGCCACUGGCAUUGGUUGGGUGUGUGCUAAAGGCAGCAACCACUUCGGCAUUGCUGGCUGGUACACCAUGACAGCUGCCAAGCAGGGACUGUUGGGUAUGAGUUUCACAAACACUUCCUCACUGGUGGUUCCAACACGUGGCAAAGAGGGUGUUAUGGGAACCAACCCAUUAUCUCUGGCUGCUCCAGCCAAAGGUGAUGAUAGUUUUGUGCUUGAUAUGGCAACCAGUGUGGUGGCACUUGGCAAGGUGAGAAACUGUUAAUGUAUCUGUCAGUCC